AAUCUUUAUCAAAGAAGCAACACUGGUUUUUGACGUUUACAAAUUUCAGGCAAAUUUUCAGCAACGUGCUUUUCAGUUUUUCGCGCACACGUCUGCAAUUCUAUUAAUAUUACGACUUAACCGUCGGAAAACCAAGGAAUUUGGUUUGGAUUUUAUUUAAAAAGAGAAAUGAAAGGAAACUUAAAAGCAAAAUUAACGAAGUUUAGUAAAGGUGCAGUAAUACAAGUGAAACGCGGAAACAAACGAACUUUUAGUAGGCUGGCAUAUCGUGAACCUGUACAGCUGAUAGCGGAGGUUAAUCACUUUUCACUGUUACGUCCAUAAAAGAAAACCUUUUAAUUUUCGUAUAGCUAUAGCUCAAACGAAAUACCUAGACGAUUAUCUAUCGUUGUGAAAUUGUUAAAAUCGCUAUAGAUAAACAUAAAAUUGUGCAAUAAUGUCGUCAGUAUAUAGUGCCAAAACGGGGCUUUCAUCCAUACUCAAAACAUAUUCCCCAGCAGAACGAGAAAGAGCCAAAAAUAUUGCUAUUAACAAGGUUCGUUUUGAAAUGCCAAAGCAAAAGGGUAUAUUGGAAGCGGUCGAAGCAGUAAAUGCACAUAAUAACUUUCAACCCUUGAAUGAAUUUGUGGCAUUUCUAAAGGAAACUGAGUUGAGUGACGCGGAAUUUCUACGUGUAAUGACUGAUGCUCACAAGCUAAUAAACGAUCUCAGUCCAAAAUUUACAAAUCUUGUAGAAGCACUUAUCUCAGUGCCAUGGGCAAAAAGAGAACCCGCAGCUAUACAAGCUUACAUUGAAUUUUACAUCGAUAUUAUGGUGGCACAUAACAAGUAUGUGCAAUUUGGUAUACCCAAAUUAAUUUCUUUAUGGAUACCAGCUGAUGCUGAUGUGGCACACUGGCCAAAUGGCACGCCCAUAGACAACGUCAAGACGGAAUUAGAGGCUAUACAUGAUUUACUUAAUCGCAUUUUAACCGCAAUCCCAAUGAGCUUUGAAGUGGUGCUAGAAGCUAUUGAAAAUAGGUUUCCAUAUUACAAGAAAUCUACACAUGUUAUAGCGGGUUAUGUUCACAAUAUGCUUUGGUUAAUCGAAUAUAAACCAAUAUUUGUAGAAUUUGUGAUGCAAUUGUUAAUGCAAAAGCUCGUAAUACUUGAUGUCAACGCACCCAGAAGUGAAAUUGAAGAAACAGAGGGCGAUGAUGAUGAGGAAUUGGAAGAAGAGAAUGAAGAUGCGGAAAUUUUCGAAAUGGAUGAUUGUAAAAAGGCAGAAGAAGACGAUUUAUUGCCCAUGAAACAUGUCAUAGCGCACACGCUCGACGUUUGCAUGGAGAAAAUGUUAAAUUUCUUAGAUGCAAAAAAUCCAAAUAUACUCAAUGCUAGCGUUGAACAAAGGCUGGAAAUGAACAAAUUUUGGAAAGUGUUGCUUGCGGCAUUUGAUAAUGUGAUACUGCCUUGUCACAACACGCACCAUGUGCAGUUCUUAGUAUUUUACUAUUGUAGUUUUAAGCAUACCAUCGCAGAGGCUUUUCUAACAUCGCUAUGGGAUAAAAUUAAGAAUCCAAACGUAUCUGCUGUCAUACGACAGGCUGCUGUUGGUUAUAUGGCUAGCUUCUUGGCGCGUGGCAAGUUUGUGCCACUACCCACUCUUAAGUACUAUCUCAAAGAGCUCUGUGAUUGGGCACAUCAGUAUAUACAACGCUGUGAUCAAUAUCGUCAAAAUGGUUCAUUAAAGGCAAAUAUUGUCUUCUUUUCACUCUGUCAAGCUGUAUUCUAUGUUAUAGCUUUUCGCAGUCGCGAUCUAACGAGUGAUAGAAAGAGUUUACUUUUCCUGCAAUCGCUGCAACUGUCCGCCAUUGUAACAUGCAACUUUAAUCCGCUACGCGUAUGUUUACCAGCUGUAGCCACUGCGUUCGCUGGUGUAACACGUGCCUAUCAACUAGCCUAUUGCCAUGCGAUUUUGGAACGUAAUGCGCGUCGUAAGUUAGCAACGGUGUAUGCAAAUGAGACAGCUACACCAGAAGAGACACUGGACACCUUCUUUCCAUUCGAUCCAUACUUGUUGAAAAUGUCCGAAAAGAAGAUAUCGACAAAUUAUCUGCAGUAUCAGGCCAGCGAGGCUGAAGAGGCAUCUAUAGUGGCUACGCAUAUUUCACCGAUGCAACGACGCAAGCGUGGUGAUUCUGAGAUGUGUGAUGAUAUUGAUGAUUUCAUUGUAGCCGAUAAGCGGCAGAAGAUUACAGAUUUAGCGCGCAGUCAAGAGCGUGAGGCGCAAUUCACAUAUGGACUUUCGCCAGGAUUUCAUAUGUAAUUUGAAAAUGUGUUGGACUGAUUGUGAGAUAGUCAGAUAUGAAAUUAUUUUGACUGCUUGUAUAUUUAGCUUUUUUUAUAUUUAUUCAUAAGUGCGAUGUAAGGGUAUAUAGUAGCAUAUUUACUAUUAUACAAAAUGUAAAUGAGUGUGGAUACCAAUGUUUGAUUUGGUAAGUUUGUAUGUUUUUGUAAAAAAAAAAUACAUAAGGUAAAGCUUUCAGCACUAUCUAUUUAUAUAGAAUGAUUAGAUUUAACAUAUAGGAAAGUAGUUUUUAGAUGCAAUGGAUAUAUGCAUGUUUUUCUCUUCAUAUAUUGAUAAUUUUGGUUUAUUAUACACAUAUUUACAUACAUACAUAAAUUAUAGAAGAAGUUAACGUUAUGUUAUGCAACAAUGAAAUCAAAAUAAAAUGCUUACAAUAAAU